UUUAUAUCAUACAAAAUCAAAUGAAUUAAUUUUAAACAAAUUAGACCGCCUAAAAUGUGACACUAUAUGUAACUAUGUUUAUAUAUAUAUUUCUAAGUGGGUACAAUAGUAUUCAAAUGGAGAAACUACUGCUCAUGUAUUGUAUAUAGUACGUUCUUAUUGUUAUCUGUACAUUCUAUUUGUAAACUUGACUUCAGUAAUUCCGGGUCUUGGUUAAGCUACGAUACAAUUUACUUAUUAAAAGUAUUAAUUUACGUCCUAAAUUAAGUACUUUGAAUAGGAUAAACACUUAAUCAUAUUUGCGAAAUUUUCCUGGUAGACAGGAUAUUCUGUAAAUGUUGAGACAAACUUUACUGGGACACAUGAUAAGGAUAGCAUAGGAACCCAUGCCCGGUUAUCUAGGGGCACUUUCCUACUCUAUAACAUGCUUUUGAACUUUUAUUGAUCUAAAAUAUCUUAAUUUAAAUUCGAUUAAUUAUUUUCGAAAAUUGCCUUCAAAUAGGCUCAUAAAAUAGUUCUUUUAUCGUCAUUUUAUAAUUUGGGUCCAGUGAGUCGUCAAAUCAUUAAAUUACGAUAAAAUUAAGACAAUUUAGAAAAAUACCAGCUCACAGGCACACAAAGAGACAGUUUAUAAAAGGCGCCUAGUAAUGUGCGGUAAUGGUUGUUCAUCUGCAAUUCUUUAUCCUUAUGAUGUGCCCUAUCUUCCCUAAUUAGAUGAUCUUAGUAAAAGUAGCCAAUGUUAGCUAUUAUGUAGACUAUCACCCUACUUAGUCAACUAAGUUGCGAGGUUCUGGGAUGCUGCACUUUUUCUUAUAAAUGAAACAUUUAUACUGUAGCGUAUCUACCAUUACAAAAUUACAACUACAAUUCACUAGUAUAUAAAACAUGUUAACUCGACUCUAUACAGGGGACCAGCAGAUUCUCUCUUGAGACUUCGAGGAGUGAGGUUGUUUUAUGACUGAGCUCCAGUACUGAAAUGUCUUCCUACCAUAGAUUUGGAAGCGGAGGCAAACGUAUAUGUAGAAAGCCACCUCCCAUACCAGAUCACGACGAGAUUAGAAAGGACUGCUCCAGUUAUGCCGGAAGAAAAGCAUCUCCUGAAAACAUAGACGACCUGAUCAAAUCUGCGAACACAAAUCAGAAUCACUACUUGCAGCAAUAUAACAAAACCGGAGACGAAGAUUGCUACGAAAAUCAUUUUCGAAUGAACUGUAUGCUCGAAACUUAUCUGAAGAUCAAGGAGGAAUGGAAUGCAAAGGAAUCAACUAUGCCUGAAAUAGCUGAAAAGACUGACCCUAUAGAGAUUGAAACUCCCCAGCAGACCGAGCCUCCUGAGACUCCAGCAGAACAAAUGGAAAUUCGUUUUCCAGACCCAGUUCCGACUCCCAGCCCCCAGACUGAGGAACAACAUCUUAGCUCAACGGAAAUGGAAAUUUCAGAAACUCCGGCCAGCACCGAAAAGAAAAAGAAGAGAAAGAAAAAGAAAAGCAAAACUUGUGUCAACUCGGCGAUGCAAGUAGACCCAGAAUCGGACGGCGAAACCAGUAGCCAGAAUCCACUGUUAGCUCCCGCUACCCCAGCGGCCCCAGUACCGGCGGAGAAAGAGGAAGAAACCAAAGCCCCGGCGGCGGUGGACCCUCCCACUCCAAUUACAACUUCUAGUGACUCUUCAUCGAGUAAAAAGCUCAAGACCCUCAUCAGAGGAUUAGAUAUCGAUACCGAUUCUCAGGAAUUGGAAAAAUACCUGAAAGACUUUGGACUUUUUCCGCAGAAGAUCUCAAAAGGAGGUUCAACUCAAAAGGAGGAGUGGUCAGGAGCUUAGGCCCCUCCCACUUUUCUUGUUUUCCAAUCGGAGAACAGCACCGCCAGAAACAUUUUCAACAUCAGUUCAGUCUUAGGAAAACCUGUGAGAGUAGAACGCUUCAGAGGAGGCAGAUACCAGAUUCAGUGCUACCGUUGUCAACAAUUCGGACACACGCAACGAAACUGCCCUGCAUCCAAUCCCGCCUGCAUGAAAUGCGCCGGUGCACAUUUCUCGUACCAGUGUACAAAGCCAAGGACGACCCCAGCCACCUGCGUCAACUGCAACGGUGAGCACCCAGCCUGUUUUACGGACUGCGGUGCAAGACUCAGGAAAGCGAGGAAAUCUCAUCCCGUGAAAGCUACCGACAACGCCACCAGAUUUCUACAGCUCUUCAAGGAGAUGAAAGAACUUUUCAAUGAUGAGGAGCUUAUUAAGCUUCUUCGUUCUUUACUCCCAGAGACCCAAAAUUGAUUUUGGACACACUCCUACCAGGAUUUUUUUAUAUAUCCUGACGUCACGGCUCACCGCUGUGAAUAACUUUUUUCAUUUAUCUCAUAUCUUAUAGGAACAUAGGACUUCUAGUUUUACGACCUACCAGAAUAUGACGAAUCAGUUGGUGGCCCUUCGGGCCAAAUACUGAGAUCCCACUUAUACCAAACUAUACAGGGGUACCUUUUCAUAGAUGAUGGUUGACAUGGUCGAUAACUACUCUCCCCACAUUGGUGACCUUUGGACGUGAUGUGAACACACCUACCUGGGCAGUAACGCCCACUUCGAAACGAACACGCCUAUCUCUACAGUAACGCCCACUUCGAUCUGAACAGGCCUAUUUCGAUGGAUGGUCCACAAUGAACAGUUGACUUGCUACUUGUGACUGCGACAUUAUCCACCUCCUCGCACUGUUGCUACUCAGUCUCGUCUCGAUCACGCACAACGUCGGCAUGCAUACACCCGACUGCUAAAGGCAACACAGGAGCGGCUACGACUAUGAUCUUAAUACAGCUCUCAUGACUAAUGUUCAAAACCCGGUGACCUUAAUCCAGCUCUCCCGGUCUGUCACAAAUACAGCAACUAAUCGUAUUCAUGUAUCGAAUUCUAUCACAGCUAUAAUUAUGGUGGGGGAAUACUGUAGCGUAUCUACCACUACAAAAUUACAACUACAAUUCACAAGUAUAUAAGACAUCUUAACUCGACUCUAUGUCGGGGUACCUAUUCAUAGAUGACGGUUGACUUUGUCGAUAACAACUCACUCCCCACAAUACCAACCUAUUCUUGAUAACAGUGAAUAUAACACCUAUAAGUUAAAAAUAGUAAUGAUGCACAAAAUCAACUAUUGGUGAUAUAAAUUUAAAUACCAUAUUGAUUUGGUAAGAUAGGAAGCAUUCAGGGUCAUCUUUAAAAGAAAAAUAUAUAAUUUAAAACGAUUCCUCUUAAAAACUUUACGACAUUUCUAAAAGAUAUUUCAUAUUCUAAGACAAAUAAAAAUAAAAUAAAAAAAUAAGAAGAAAUUCUGUAUUUCUUCAAACCAGUGACAAAAUGGCUGAUUAGUAUAAUUAUUUUGACCCAUUAUAAUGUAUUAAUUUUAUUUAUAAGAAUUACUUUUUUUUUCAUAUACACUUAAAGACAUAUGCACUUUCAUAUCCUUUCAUAUAUACUUUUUCAUUUACACUUUUUUUUAAAUGGCUCAUUCAUGAUAUUUACUAGGUAUACGAGUUACACCCAUAACAGAAACUAUUAUUUUCUAUACCAGUGACAAAUAAUUUUUUACACAGAAAAGCUGUUUGAAGAUCACUGUCAAACGAAAAAAAGUAAUGAGUGGUAAUAAUUUUAGAUUAUUGGCAUUUG